AUGCAGGGGAUUGCCAUUCUGGAGCUUUGCACGGUGGCUCGAGACGAAGAGAAGCUGCGCGCGCUGGAAAGCCUGGUGAGUGGUUUCGUCGAGGCUCUGGAGAGGGUCAUUAUGCAGCAGCGCAUACAAGACGCCAAUGAACUGCUUCUUCGGAUCCGACAAAGCCUUUUCGAGAAGAUCAUGGACAAGGGGACCGCGGCAGACGUGGACAGGUUCCAGGAGCUGGUCCAACAUGUCGCGGAAGUUGCCAAACGACGAGAAUCCGCAAUGUCGGAGCUGAUUGAGAAGGAGGAGCUCUGGGGCCCCUACUUGCAGGACUUGGAUGGAUGA